GUCCUCUGUCUUCUAUCCAGUGGGCCUGUCUACCCGUCAACCUCCAAAUUUGUUGGUUGGCACAACAGAGGGGAACAUCUCGAAGAUGGCGGGAGUGAUUCCUGCAUUGGCAAAAAGUAUGCCGUAUGAAUGGCUUCCUUCAUUAGGAUGCUUUGCCAUUUGCCCAUCAAACCUUUUCCUCCCAGUACUGUAUGCUGUUUGUACUUUCGUAUGUGUAUUGAUGACUAGCAACUACAUCAAGAAUCGGCCAGAGUCUUCCGUUGCCCUGCAACUAUACAGACCGGCCGAUCCCCAACCACGUGUACCGGGACAUGAGAUUACCGAACCCCAGCCGCCUCAGACAGAUCAUGAGGUUGCCGAGACCCAGCCGCUUGUGUCGGGACAUGAGCUCCCAACCAACAUCGCCGUCGGGCGAAGUUUCGUCAGAUGCAGAAUACAAGGAGGGCUUUGGGAUGAGUUCGAUAUGCCGAAAGGGAGCACAUUGAAAUUCAAUAAGUGUUCGACCGUGAUAACUACCAAAGCGUAGUAGAGAGGUUACGGAACUUCGGCCACUUGAGGAGUUGAGGACUGUGGGUGGCCUUCUUCAAGAACAUAUAUGCGUAUAUGAGAAACACUCGAGAUGCGCUGGCUGUGACGACUGCGCGGUGGAUCUGGUAAUUUCCUUCUAUUUACUUCGUGUUCUGCCGGCGCUUGUGCCCGUUUUCACUUCUCCAUUUAACCUUGUAGAACAUUGCCUUUAUUGCACGUCCUCUAGUAUUGAAUAGAGACAUGAGGACCCAUAAA